CAAAAAGAGGGGCGCUUAAGGUCGCCCCGCGUCGCGUCACAUGAUAAACAAAUAUCAGUUGGAAAGGGUUGACAUUUGCGCCCGUGGAGCCUCCUGUGUUUAACAUGGGAACCUCUGCCCCCCCACGCAGCUUCUUAUUUGAACAUCAUGAUCAGCGAUGCCUCUCUCUCAUCCCGUAGCUCCGGCUCCACCUUAACAAACCGAUGUCAGCGUUCAUGCAGUUUUUUUUGCAUUGACGUCAACAGUAUACAGCCAUACAGCACAAAACAGAGGCUUCCUCCAUAUGUCGUAUGCCUGAGUCAGAAUAUGGACAGAUAGUCAGACACUGGGGCCACUUUCGAAACCAAUCUGACUGCGACAGCCGCAUAUUUAUCUGCCAUCACCUGGAGGAAGACACUGAAUCCAAGGAUCAUCUCGACACAGCCCCCGUUGGCCAGAGUGUGGCCCAGGCCUGCGACCGCCACAUCAGGCACCAUGAUGGAGGGGGGCAUGCAGUUGCUCAACCGCGAUGGGCACAGCAUCUCGCACAACUCUAAGCGCCACUACCACGACUCGUUCGUGUCCAUGAACAGGAUGCGACAGCGUGGCCUGCUGUGUGACAUUGUGCUCCAUGUCUCCAACAAAGAAAUCAAGGCGCACAAAGUGGUGCUGGCCUCCUGCAGCCCCUACUUCCACGCUAUGUUUACCAAUGCAGAUGAGAUGUCAGAGAGUCGGCAGACCCACGUGACCCUUCAUGACAUCGACUCUCAGGCUUUGGAGCAGCUAGUCCAGUAUGCCUACACAGCUGAGAUUGUGGUCGGGGAAGGAAAUGUGCAGACGUUGCUCCCAGCAGCAAGCCUGCUGCAGCUCAUCGGGGUGCGGGACGCCUGCUGUAAAUUCCUCCUCAGCCAGCUGGACCCCUCUAACUGCCUGGGCAUCCGAGGCUUUGCUGACACACACUCCUGCAGCGACCUGCUCAAAUCAGCACACAAGUAUGUCCUGCAGCACUUUGUAGAGGUGUCCAAGACAGAAGAGUUCAUGCUGCUGCCACUGAAACAGGUCCUGGACUUGAUCUCCAGUGAUAAUCUCAAUGUGCCAUCUGAGGAGGAAGUGUACCGGUCCGUGUUGAGUUGGGUGAAACAUGAUGUAGAUGGACGCAGGCAACAUGUACCAUGGCUGAUGAAGUGUGUAAGGCUGCCACUGUUGAAGCGAGACUUUCUUAUGAGCAAUGUGGACACGGAGCUGCUGGUGCGUCAUCAUUCUGAGUGCAAGGACCUGCUGAUCGAGGCCCUGAAGUACCACCUGAUGCCUGAGCAGAGGGGCGUCCUCAGCAACAGCCGGACACGCCUGCGUCGCUGUGAGGGCGCCAGCCCCGUGCUCUUUGCUGUUGGUGGUGGCAGCUUGUUUGCCAUCCAUGGAGACUGUGAGGCUUACGACACCAGGACAGACCGCUGGCACAUGGUGGCGUCCAUGUCCACUCGGCGGGCACGGGUGGGCGUGGCAGCUAUUGGCAACAGACUCUAUGCUGUUGGAGGGUAUGAUGGCACCUCAGACCUGGCAACUGUGGAGUCUUACGACCCCAUCACCAACUCCUGGCAGCCUGAGGUUUCCAUGGGAACACGACGGAGCUGUUUGGGUGUAGCUGUACUACACGGCCUGCUGUACGCUGCAGGAGGUUAUGAUGGCGCUUCCUGUCUCAACAGUGCUGAGCGCUAUGACCCUCUUACAAGUACAUGGACCUCAAUUGCUGCCAUGAGCACCCGCAGAAGAUAUGUCAGAGUCGCAACUCUGGAUAGCAGCUUGUACGCAGUCGGAGGUUAUGACAGCUCCUCACAUCUCGCAACAGUGGAGAAAUAUGACCCGCAGAGCAACACAUGGACAGCCAUAGCCAACAUGCUGAGUCGCCGCAGCAGUGCCGGUGUGGCCGUGCUGGACGGCAUGCUGUAUGUCGCGGGAGGGAAUGACGGCACCAGCUGCCUGAACUCGGUGGAGCGGUUCAACCCCAAGGCCAACACCUGGGAGGGAGUGGCCCCCAUGAACAUACGCAGGAGCACCCAUGACCUGGUGUCUAUGGACGGCUGGUUAUACGCAGUGGGAGGCAACGAUGGCAGUUCCAGUCUCAACUCCAUUGAGAAGUACAACCCGCGCAGCAACAAGUGGGUCGCGGCCUCCUGCAUGUUCACACGCCGCAGUAGCGUGGGCGUGGCCGUGCUGGAGCUGCUGAACUUCCCACCACCCUCCUCACCCACCCUCUCGGUUUCCUCCACCAGUCUUUGACACGGGGUCACCACUUGGCUGAGCUCAGCCUCUGCUGCUACAGCCCAGGCUGGCUCUGGGAAGAGGCGCAACUGCUCGGUUUGAGAUGGUGAGGAGGAGCGGAGGAUGGGAGUGGACAGGUAAAUGAAUGGGAGGGCGAAAAGAAAAAGGGGAAAUCCCUGGUUCGGUUAAUAAAGUACCAUCAAUAAUUAGUGGCCCUCUUGGUAAAGAUUUGCUGACCAUGUCGUUAAAACGUGCAACAUCAAUCAGGAAUUCUUAAUCAGAAUCUCUGAAAAUGCUUAAACCACUCUCGCAAAUUUUUACCAAGUGCCAGUAAUUCUGGAAUGGACUCUGGAUGCCUGAAUGUCCAUGGUACAGCUCCACCAUAAAGAUACCAGCUCCCUAUUUCUUCAAGAUAUUCCUGGAUCAAAAUGUGUGAACUUUGACCGCUCUUUCCUCAAGCUCCUGGUUUUUUUUGGUACUUCUGUCAUGUGUGAAGUAAAUGUUUGGGGUUUGAUGUUGCCGUCUUCUGCAAGAUUUUUAUUUAGAUGGAUUUCUAAAAUCUAUAAAAAAAGAAACAGAAUGAUUUUACUUUUGGAAUGUAACGUUCGAUUGGUGAAACCAUGCAUGUCUACGUACUGGCAUCGACUCCCUACGGGAGGAUAAAAUGUUGUAGUGCUGCCAUGCCACACUAGGUGGCAGUCACAGGUCAUGCUCUAAACCCUUCCCACACUGCAAGAGAGCAUGGAAACCAGCGUGCAGAGAAGCUACACCCUCAGUUCUGCAAAUGAGGUUGGAUCCUUUUUUUCAUCCAAAAACAGAACAACUAUAUUGAAGUGUAUUUAUUCAUGAAAUGUAUAAAUGAUAAUAUAUUCAGUUUUUAAAGAUGCUUAUAGAAGGACACAGAUCAGACCUAUGCCUAUUUAAGAGUGUUACUAAUAUAUUAAUUUAUGUGUGUGAUGUGCAAACCAUCAAUGGAAAUGACAAUGAGAAUGUCGGUGUGAGACAUUUUUGGGUUUCUCCUGAGAGGACUGAGAGUUGCAUUUUGAUAUGCAGGAUUUCAUUUGCAUUUCUUAAUGUUUCUUCACUGCCACAAGCAUGAUCUCACACCGCAACACAUGUUUACUACAUUUGUGCAAAAAGCUUAAUUUGCCUGCACACCUAUUGACCAGUCAGUGUAAAGACUGUUUUAUUUAAUCCUGCGUCUCUAUUGCAUUUAAAAAGACACAGUGUGAUAUAAUCACUGUACAUGGUGACAGCUUAAAAUGCAUAACACAGUGAGUACUACUGUAGUUUAUCUUCAGUAUACCAACACUUGACCAGAAAGAGUCACGUGGUCGACACUUGGUGCUGUCAUAUUUCCCUCUACACUCCAUCAAGUGUAGUGUCUUGUUUUAUUACCUCAUUUUUUUAAAUAGAUCCAAGUUGAACUACAAACAACUGUAUAAUUAACAACUACACUGGCUAUGGAACCAGUUGUUCUACCAGUGAUUUCCAAUAAUCACCACAGAACUUGAAAUUUAUAAAAUAAAUGGAUCACAUUGAGUCUCGUCUCAGUUAAGAGUCAAUACCUGGGGUCAGUUCAGUUCAUGUGUAGCGCAGUGAUAUUUUCAUUCCAGACUUCUAGGAAGUUGCCUUUUUUUUGUCCUUAUUUUGAAGGAUUUUGUUGAUCUGGAUCUGUUUACUUUGGACAUCUAUGCGUUAGAGUGGACCCAGUAGAAUCGGGGCUGUGAUGGUCUUAUGGGGAUGCCGUGAUUCUGUAAAGUCACCGUGAGACAAACUUAAAGACAAAAGGUGCACAAAAACACACAAGACUUUGGCCUCCAUUCUGCUGAUUCAACUGUAAAAUAAAAAAAGAUAGCUAAAGUUAUGGUUGUGCAAUUUCAAUGUAUCUGUUACUUUUUUAGUUUGUGUUUAAUGUGGUGAUACUUGUUUAUUUAUGUUUGUUAUUUAUGAGGAACUUUAAAAUAUUGAAUUUUGCACUAUUCUGAAAUGGAGCAAUACUACACACUGUAAAAAAGGAAAUAAAGUUGUUUUCAGAUG